AGGGAAGCUAUAGGCCUUCAUUUAUGCAACGAGAAUGGAUGUAAUGGAGGCAUGGGUCACUGGUCUGGCCGGGGGUUGUGCGGGAAUGUCUGUAGAUGUCGCUCUGUUUCCAUUGGAUACGGUGAAGACACGCCUACAGAGUGAGGUGGGCUUUGUUCAGUCGGGAGGAUUCCGAGGAAUUUACUCUGGUCUGUCAUCAGUCAUAGCAGGAUCAUUCCCCACUGCUGGUCUGUUUUUCUUUACUUAUGAAGGUGUGAAGGUUGUUGGGAGGGAAUUCCUAAGGGAAGAUCUGGAACCUGUUCUUCACAUGACUGCUGCCUCUUCAGGGGAAAUGAUGGCAUGUUUGUUGCGAGUUCCUGUAGAAGUAAUCAAACAAAGAGCUCAGACGACACGGUUCUCAUCCUCAGAAGUCCUGAGGAAGACACUCACAAUGGAGGGUAUGAGAGGUUUAUACCGGGGAUAUGUCAGUACAGUGCUGAGGGACAUCCCCUUCUCCUUCGUACAGUACCCACUCUGGGAAUACUUAAAGAAAACCUGGUCAUCCAUACAAGGCAGCCCUCUAGAUCCCUGGCAAUCCUCUAUAUGUGGAGCAACCGCUGGAUGUAUAGCAGCAGGAAUAACUACACCACUAGAUGUCGCUAAAACUAGGAUCAUGUUGGCAGAGACUGGAUCUGCAUUGUCCACAGGAAGUAUUACCUUUGUCCUCAAAACUGUGCAUAGAGAAAGUGGAGUUAGAGGGUUAUUUGCUGGGGUGGUACCCAGGAUGCUGUGGAUAACAUUAGGUGGUGCCGUUUUCCUUGGAGUGUAUGACAAAUCGAAACUUGUAAUUUCCUCAAUCCUGAUAGAGCCGGGUUAAAAAAAAGUUCAAAUUUAGAACAUUAACUCUUAUUUUAAAAUUUUAA